GAAGCCGCUGCGAUGCGCUAUGUUGACAGCCAUACUCGAAUUCCUGUGCCACGUGUACUCAAAUCCUGGCCUCUUGCUAACGACAACGCAGCCAUCAUUAUGGAAUGGUUUAACGACACACACACCCUCGAACAACGAUGGAAGUACAUUCCCAACGACGAGAAGCUCAAGGUCGCCCGUCAAAUCAGAUCAUUUGUGGACGAGCUCAGAACUUUGCCACAGCAGGGAGCUAUGCGUGGUAUGAUUUGCUCUCCAGAUGGCUCAGCCUGCUGGGAUGAACGACUGAAGAGUCAGCGCUGCGGCCCAUUCGUGGAUGAGCGCGCCUUCAAUAACUUCCGGCUCAGCCUUCUCGACCGCUUUCUUUGGGAGCCAGGCGCUCGAGAACAAAUCGAGAACAUCCGGAUGAGACUCAGGGAUAAUCAUCGCGUUGUGUUCACGCAUGGUGAUCUCGGUGUCCGAAACGUCCUUGUCGAUGACUGUAACAAUAUUGUGGCAUUGAUCGAUUGGGAGAUGGCGGGGUGGAUGCCCGAGUACUAG